CAUGAUCUUCAAUAAGGGGUAUUCUUAUUGUUGGAGUUCGAUAUGUGCUCUUUUUUGGUUAAUCGUUAUUAGAUGCUCUGAGAUCGAAAAUAGUAUGGAUAUGUUACAGCCGUACUUUCAAAGACACGGUUCACAUCAUUCCGUUAGGUAUAUACGUAGCUGUCAAGCAGUACAAUUUAAUGAAACAUUAGAAGAACGUCUAGCGCCUCCAAUGAUUAAUAAAAGUUUGCCACUUUUUACCAAGAAAUUCUUUGCCAGAAGUUUUGAAAAUAAAUAUGUGAAAAUACAUAUGUAUCUUAUAAAUAAUCCAUCAUUAACCUUAUCAGUCGUCGAACCAGGCGGAGAAGGUGGUUGCAAAAAAGGAAGUCCUACUCUGCAAACAGUAAGAGAAACAGCUAAAACAAAAAAGUGCAGACUGGCAAUUAACGCUGGAUUUUUUAAUACUACAACUAAUGAAUGUUAUGGAGAUAUAGUAUCCAAUUCGAAAAUUGUACAAUCUACAGCCUAUAGGAAUGCCCACUUUGGUAUCAGAAAAGAUAAUUCGUUAACUAUUGGGUAUUUAUCAGACAAGCAAUUAAGUGAAUUUAAAGAGUUAGUAACAGGUGCUAUUUGGAUAAUACGAAAUGGGUCAAAAUAUAUUGAAGAAUCUAUAAAGAGUGAGUGCACUGAUGUUCAAGAAACUAAUCCGCAACUUACGUACUUUGCCACUGUUCAAUCUGCAAGAUCAGUGGUUGGCUUUAAAGAUGAUGGUACUGUUGUCAUCUUUCAAGUUGAUGGAAAAACAGGGCAGGAAGGUAUGAAUCUCUUUGAAGUGGCAGAUUUUCUUAUUCCUCUAGGAGUAAAAAACGCUAUAAAUCUUGACGGAGGAGGAUCAUCAUCACUCAUCGAAGAUAAUGUUCUAGUCAAUUACCCAAGUGAUACCUGCGCCAAAUGGAAUUGUGAAAGGAAAGUAUCCACUAUUUUAUGUGUACGUGAUAUUGAAGAAGCAAAAUGUCCACGGAACUGCAGUGACCGAGGAAUCUGCCGCAAUGGGGAGUGUAAGUGUUCAUCAAAUUGGAAGAGUUAUGAUUGUUCCCAACUUUUCUGCGGUAAGAAGAACUGUUCGUCAAAUGGUCUAUGUACUGAAUCCGGUUGCUUGUGCUAUCCUGGAUAUAAAGGUUCAGACUGUGAUAUUUCAUGUCCGAAAGGAUAUUUUGGACUAAAUUGUUUGGCCAGAUGCCGUUGCUCGAAUCAUUCCACUUGUGAUAAGUCAACGGGUUAUUGCGAUUGUGAUGCAGGCUAUCGUGGGUUAUCUUGCGACCUACCUUGUCCAAUUGGAAGAUUUGGAAAAAAUUGCAAGAAAAUCUGCUCUUGCUUGGAAACUUGCUCAAUUUGUGAUAGGCUAAAUGGUUCUUGUACAAUAACAAGUAUUUUACCCGAAAUUGAUUCAACGAGCAAAUGCUUAAUUAAUCGUAAAAUUUCCAAAGAUCAUCUUGUUCGUGACUCUUCUGCCGAGCAGAAAAUUUAUAUGAUAUGUGUGAUAGCUCUAUCUAUAGCAUUCACUUUAUCCAUCUCAUUAAAUAUAACUUUAUAUUGUUUGAAAAAGACAUCUAAACUAGAUAGAAAAAAGAAGAGAAUAUAUAGAAGUCCAAGAUUGGUAUUAUCCUCAAGCGAAGCUGAUAAUGAGGACGGUGAUUCAGAUUUGGAUCUUAACGAUUUACUGCCUUUGAAAAAUGUUAAAUUGAAUAAUGAAAAUAAUGAAUCAAGAUUCUUCCUCUAG